AAACAAUCCGGAAGUGGCGGCGAAACGGGCACAUGAGGAGUGGCGGGACCAUGGCCCGGGGACCGGGACGGGGACAGGGACAGAAACCGGCCCGGGGACCGCGACAAAAACCGGGAUCGGGACCGAAACAGGGACAGAGACCUGGAUUGGGACCGAAACAGGGACAGAGACCGGGAUCGGGACCGAAACAGCGACAGAGACCUGGACUGGGACCGAAGCAGGGACAGAGACCGGGAUCGGGACCAAAACAGGGUCGGGGACCGGGACCGGGACAGAAAGCGGGACCGGGGUCGGGACAUGGACCGGCUGUCCCGCUGCGCAGCAGGAAGGAGAAGAAGGACAACAUGAAGCCCAAGCACCCUGACGAGCAGGAGAUCCCGUUCCGCCUGCGGGAGCUCAUGCGGAGCCGCGAGGCCCUGAAGCGCCCAGAUCCUGGGAAGAGGCAGGUGGCAGAGAAGAAGCAGCAGCAGGAGUCCAAGGGCCCCAAGGCCUCGGGGGACAUCCCUGUGCCCAAGUUCCGGAGGGGCAAGGGGGAGUCGGAGCGUUCCUACAUCUGCCGCAUGGAGCAGGAGGUGCAGCACCUCCUCUUCCUCACGGAGAACCAGCUCCAGCGGGAGCCUGAGAAGGAGGCGGCGGCUCCCGAGAAGUCCAAAAGGAAAAAAGAGUUUCAGAAAAGGAAGCUGGAAAAAGCACGGAAGAAGAAGGAGGAGAAGAAGGAGGACAUGCUGGAGAAGAGCCUGUUCCAAGACACGGUGCCGUUCGGAGAGGUGGUGACACAGCCACCCACCAUCACCUCACGGCCCAGGGGACGGGGUCCUGCCAAGCAGGCUGGACGGAAGCAGCUCCUCCUGACGCCUCGCCUGGCCCGGGGCCAGGUGUCCCCCGUGUCCCCUGUGUCCCCCGUGUCCCCCGUGUCCCCGGGGAUGUCCAUGGCUCGCCAGCGCAUCCUGCAGGAGGAGCGAGCCCGCGUCAUCCAGGCCUACAGGGACAUCCAGAGGCGCAAACAGCUGCAGCGGGAGCGCGCCCGGGCCGGUCCUGGCUGAGGACUUGGCACUUGGAAGGACAUUGCUCUGAUGCUCUUGUGUCACUGCUGAGCCCUGGGGUUUCCCACAGCUCCUCACUCCACGGCUCAGCACUGGAGUGGGGUCCCUGCGGUGCCACGGAGUAAAAAGUGCUAGUGGGAGCUGAGUGUGA